CAGAGCCAGGGGAGACAAGAUGGCGGCGGCGGCGGGAGGGGGGUCCCGCUCCUCAGCUUUGCUUCCCUCCCCCUCAGUCCGCUCGGGCCUCCGCCGCCUCCGCCCCUGGGGAGGAGUCACGCGGUUCUUCAGCCGCCGCCGCCGCCGCCACCGCCACCAACGCCGCCACCGCCGCCGCCCGAGGCGGGAAUCCUCCUCUUCCCCCUCCCUCCUCGGGGCCCCUCCCCUCCCUUCUCUUCCCCCCCGCCCGGGCCCCGCAGGCCCUGCUGCCCCCGCCCCCGCCCGGGCUCGCGGCCCCCGUUACCUCUGCCUGGCUCGGCCGCUCGGGGGCACCUCGGCCGGGGAGCGGCAGCCUUCCGCUCUCCCACCUCCUCCGCGUCCUCGGCACUGGCCGCUGCUCCCCGGGGGAGGGGAGGGGAAGGGAAGGGAAGGGGAGGAAAGGGACGGGACCCGGAGCUGCCGCCGCUGCUGCCGCCACGGAGCCCGGCCAGGGGAGGCAGCGCGGGGGGAGGGAUCAGCCCCCAGGCAGGACCCGCCCCUCCGGCCUCCCCCCGCCGCCGCCGCCCCUGCUCCCGCUCCCUCCCUCCCUCUCUCCCCUCCCGCGCCACCGCCGCCGAAAAAGCGGAAAACCCCCCACACAGUCGCCCUCCCGAGAGAGAGGGAGCAGCGGCUGCUGGAGUGGAGCGGGAGCCCGAGCAGCCCCGUCACCGUCGACUCCGCCACGGGGGCACGGUCCUUCCCUCAGCCUCACGGUGGCGGUGCGGACACCAUGGCGGGGAAGGGAGGGGGCGGCCUCCGGGCCUCCUCCGCCCGCCCCUCCCUCCGCGCUGCGGGGAGUCGAGGGUGGCUGCCAGAGAUGGGGGCGGCCUCGGCCCCAGGGACUCGGCCCUUCCCCCGCCUCCGAGCUCCAGCAGGUGGAGGUGGCCCCCGGGGUAGGGCUAAGUCCUGGGUGACCUUGGGCAUGUCACUUCCUCCUCUCUGGGCCUCAGUUUCUUCACCCGUAAAAUGAGCUAGUGCCAGAAGAAAUACUUUUAGGUCCCUUCCAGCUCUCUUUAGGAGGGUAAGACGACUAAGCUAUACCUAGGGGGACAGGAAAGGGAGAAUGACGAGAAGUAUCGAGGGGAGACCUUAAGAUUUCGAAGUCUGGAAACCUGGAUUCAAAUAACAACUAUCCAGGAAAAAGUAUUUUAAUCACUCUGGGCCUCAGAUUUUUUAAAAAAAACCCUUACCUUCUUUAUUAGAAUAGAUAAUGUUUAUCCAAGACAGAAGAGGCUGUAAAGGCUAGGCAAGGGGGGAUUAAAUGACUUGCCCAGGCAGCCAGGAAACGUCUGAGGUCAAAUUUGAACCCACUCUGGUCUCUAGGACUCGUUCGCAAUCCACACUAAGUUCCCUACACACCCCCUCUCCCUCAGAUUUCUAUAUUAAUAUAAACUGAAAGGUUUCGCCUGUGCACAUGACCAGCUCUGUAGUCAAGAUCCUAAGUCAUUUAGCAAUUUAUAAAGCCCCUACUAUGUGCCAGACACUUUCCUAUGAAAAGAAAAGUGAUUCUCCUCUCCUCUUCCUCAAAGGUUUAAUACCUUCAAAAUCUAAUUGCUUUCUGUAUAAGUAUAGAUUGCUUCCACCCCUUUUUGAGCACAGCAGUGAAGACCUCUACCUAUAUUUUUUAUAGGUAAAGCCAAUCAGUUAGCCUAAAUAAAUUCAAAAAUUAUUCCUUGAACUUGAUAGUAUGUAAUGCUGAGGGAGGGAUAUGUAUGAGAAUGAAAAGAUUAAAAGUUUUAACCCCUAAGCUACAUUUCUGUAACUAGCUUGGAAACCCUCCUCUUCCAUAUUUAAAUACAGUAGCUGUAAAAGUUUGAGUGCCAACCUCACUUAAAUAAGAGCUAAUGAUACCUUGUUUCAUCUUAAGAAAAAAAGGAAAGUCCUUUUCCCUUUUUACCUAACAUAGGAAUGAGUUGAUUUGUUCUGCAUUUUGUAAAAGUUUUUUUUUUUUCAUUUAGGGCUGGUAAGGCAGUGAGGGCUCUAUUAUAGGUUGCCAGGAGAAAACAAAACUAGGCUCAUGGAAGCAUUUUUUUUAAUCAGCAGAAGCUAAUAUAAGAAAAGCAAAACAGCUUUGAAAAUUACCUUGAAAUUAUUACAUACUUAAAAGAAAAAACAGGCUGUCUCCUAGAGAUUCAGGGUUUCAAGUAUAGUCCUCUGUUCUAUUUUGUUUAUGGAAAAGAUCAUUUUAUUUAGAAAAAAUGGAAUUCUUAAAGUUUGAUAAAUAGCAACCUCAGUUUAAGUUGUAGUUUGUCCUACACAUUGACAAAACAUUUUAAGAGAAGAAAAGGUCAAAUUAUUUACAUCUAUUAGUCUGCCAUCCCUUCUUCCUUGAAUAGAUUACAUGUGUGUGGAUUAAGUACCAGUAGUUAAAUGGCAGCAAAAUAUUCCCAUAAUACCUUGGUACAUGAAGAAUGACAUAGCUUGAAUGUUUUCACUUGUAACUGGAUGACUAAAGCAUUUGUGGAACAGUCUGACUUAGAAUUGUUUUUCUCUGCAUAAAUCUAAAUACAGGAACCAUUAGGAAGUGUAUGACAACCAACAGCUGAGUUAACUGACUUGCAAAAUACUCCAGUGCUUGUAAGCCUCCUAGAUAUGAAGCAUCAAACACAAAGAAAUUUCAGGUCAGAUUAUAGCAUGUUACGGUCACCGAGAGACUACCACUACCUACAUUAGGUAUAAUGAAAAGCAUAAAUAUCCACAAAAGCAAAAGGUGAGGAACAAAAUUCAGGAAGGUGUGAAUGUUGACUAAAUAUUUCCAGGCAUAGAAUAAAUUACUACUUGAGGUAGAAGGUGAAAAAAAGGUCAUUAACUAGAGAGUAGAGGUCAAAGUCAGGAAAAGGAAAUUUUGGAGUGAGUGGGAGUUACAUGACAAAACAAACACAAGAUUUUGUUGUAGUAUACAACUUAACUAUUCCACUUGUUUGGGCCUCACAUUCCUCAUGCAAGAACUUGGGAAGGAUAAAUGGCAGAAAAGGAAAAUCAAUUUGUAUAGUACAAGUCAAUGGGAAAGAAGAAUUCAGUUUAUAAUUUUACCAGAAUGUUUACUCAAGGAAAAAAAAUCUGUUUUAAGAGUGGUCAUAACUUUAAUUCCUUCUUUCUUUGAAAAAUAUGAAGUAUAUUCCCUGUAAAUCUAUACCAAUGUUUUUUCUUUUGACAGAUAUUCUUACCAUCUGUGUGAUACUUAAAGGGAUAUAUCAAAAUAGACGAAUGAACACUUUGGGGAAAAAUACAUAACAAUGAGUGAAAGAGAUAUUGAAGUGCAAUGAGGAUAAAUUGCAAGACAAUUAUAUUUGUGCCUUGCAGUUUUCCUCAUUAAAACUUUUCAUCUUAGAAUUUUAUUGAGCCUGAGGUUUUGCCUCUUUGAUUUUCAGCUUCCAUUUUUAAUGGUAAUACUUUAAGACUUUUACUCACUUUAAAUUUUAACAUUUGACAUUGGUUUCUUAUUACAAUGUAACCACAUAUAUAACAAGUUCUUCAUGAUGUAAUCUUACACUGUAACCAAUGGAACAAUUAUGCCAUUAAAAACAAAUUUGGAACAUGUAUCAAAUCCCAGAGGCACUAGAUUUAAUUCACUUUACUCCCUAGCUAUUUUAAUGAGUUUUAAGUUCAACAAUUCAUUCACCAAGCCUUCCACUAAGACAGUCAACAAUAAAAUUCAACAAAUAAGGAUUUGUCUUUUAAAAUAGUUUAUAAAAAUUAUUUGUAUAAAUAUAGAAAGCUAAUAACUGAAAUAAAAUUACAAUCAUGUUAACUUUUAAAACUGGAAUGAAAGUAAAUACAAAAUUAUUUUGCAUUCAAAAUAGGCAUGGUCUAGAACAGAAGUGUCAAGCUGUGCUGGCAGAAAUAAUUAAGAAAUAAAAAAUUAAUAAAACAGUUAAAAUUACAUUUUUAAAACAAGUCAACAUGCUGCCACCUAUUCCUGUUUGAAUUUGACACUACUAUUCUAGAUCAUUCUUUCUGGUUCUCCUUGUGGGUAUAUCAGAACAUAUUAAUAGUAUGCAUUUGUAUUCUAAGCAAGAAGGGAAAAAGUUCACAGCUUUGUGGUUCUGACUUCCAAGGACAGUUAACUCCAUACUCUUCAUUGAAAAAAAGUCACUUAUGCUCCUAAACCCCUUACCUAAACAAUAUACUGCAUUAUGAAAUUAUCUAAAGACUUAGAAGAAAAAAGGGGUAAAGGUGAAAGUGAGACUAUGACAUUUUUCACUACAAUGUUCAGUUUAAGUUUGCAGCAAAUUCACUGUAGAAAACUGGCAUGUUGAUUUAAUCUUAAAUGGAAACUGUGAAUACAAUUUCUAGCUCUGUGUUUAUUAUGCAAAAUUAUAACAGUACUUUCAAUGUUCUGUGGAAUUCAUUAUUGCUUGUGUUGGGGACAGGACUAACCAAUUUUUUCUAAACUAGUCAUUUUCCCCAAGCUUUUAUCAUGUGUUAUGUUCUGUAGGAUAUGAUUUGAUUAAAAAAUCAGAGUAGAUUUGCUUCAAUGUUUUCUACAAAGAGGGUAGUUGGGUUUUUUUUUAAUAAUAGUGUCACAAUUGAUUAUUUUAUUUCCUCAAGCCAUGCUGACUGGGUCCAGGUAAUCAUUUUAAAUCUCCCUAAUAGAUUCACUAUUCCAUUUACUACAACAGCUUUUUAAAUCUUUCAACUCUCCCACCCCUGGUUCAUAUCAGUUUUCCCUCCAACUCAGAUGCCUUCAAUCACUAUCUUCACACAAGAAGAUAUGAAGAUAAUGAGCCUUCUUUUGCCACAUAAACCCUUCCACAUGCACAAAUGAUCCCAUUAUAUCUCUUGUCACUUUUUUUAUUCAAAGAUACUUCAUUUCCCCAAUUACAUGUAAUAAGAAUUUUCAACAUACAUUUUCCAAAAUUAUAAGAUGCAAAUUGUCUCCCUCCCCUCUUCCAGAGCUGGUAAGCAAUUUGAUCUAGGUUAUACAUGUAUUAUCAUGCAAAACAUACUUCCAAAUUGGUCAUUGUUGUAAACAAAUACUCGUAUAAAACCAAAACCCCCAAAUAAAACCAUAAAUAAACUAAUGUGAAAGAUGGUAUGCUUUGAUCUACAUCCAGUUCUAAGAGUAAACAUUUUAAAGGCAGAGACUGUGCUGUUUUUUUUUUAAACCCUUCUGCCUUAGAAUCAAUUCAAAGAAGAGCAGCAAGGACUAGGCAAUGGGGUUUAAGUGAGUUGCCCAGGGUCAUACAGCUAUAAAGUGUCUGAGUGCAAAUUUGAACCCAGGUCCAUUCAACUCCAGGUUUGGUGCUCUAUUCACUACACUACCUAGCUGUAGAUCACUUCUAUUACCUCCACUCACCAAUCUAUCUCUUCCUCUCUCAUGGCAGCUUCCCUUCUAUCCUCAUACAUACCUAUGUCUCCCCCAUCCUUAAAAAAAAAAACAAAAAACCCUCACCAGACCCUCUCUACCAAGCCUUCCAACAUAUCUCUCCCUUUCAUGACUAAACUCUUUGAGAAAGGAAUUUGCAAUUGGUGCUCCAGUCAACGAUCAUUUAAGUGCUUAUUACUUCAAGAGGAAAAUACAGUGUAGCAUUGAACAGAUUCACCAAUGGAUCAAGAGGAUGAAGGGAAGAAAGGGCAUAUAUAGGGACAUAGUCUGGGAAAGAACAGAGAUAGAGGGAAUGGAAAUUAUUCUCCCAUUUGAUUCUAAACCCUCUGAAAUCUGACUUCUAUAUUUAUUUAAUUGAAAUUACCCUCUUCAAAAUUUCUAUUCAUCUUCUAGUUACUAAGUCCAUUAGUUUUUUCUUGAUCCCCAUCCUUAUUGACUUCUCUAUGACUUUUUUUCCCAUUGUAUAAGAUUGCAUCUUUUCCUAAGGCAAAGUGGGUUAAAUGACUUGCCCAGAGAUCACACAGAUGGUAAGUAUCUGAGUUCAGAUUUGAACUCUGAGGGGGGAAGCUGGGUAGCUCAGUGGAUUGAGAGUCAGGCCUAGAGACGGGAGGUACUAGGUUCAAAUCUGGCCUCAGACACUUCCCACCUGUGUGACCCUGGGCAAAUCACUUGACCCCCAUUGCCUAACCCUUACCACUCUUCUGCCUUGGAGUCAAUACUGGGAAAGUAAGAAGUUCAUUAAAAAAAAAAAUUUGAACUCUGAAAGAUGAAUCUUCCUGUCUCAAGACCCUCUAUCUACUGAACCAAAUCUAAAUGAUGUAAAAACAAAAGAUAUCCAAAAAAGAUUUUAAAAUGAUGGACAAUACCUAUUAAUAGACUGUUUAGUUUCUCUUCUCAGGAAUCUUCUAACUGGAAAGACAAAAUGCACAUAAAGGAAACAGCUAAAAAAAGUUACAAGCAUAUAAUGAUGCUGGACAAGCUAUACAAAGAGAAGAAACAACAUGCAUAUAUUGAUUCUAAGCCCAGUUUACUAUGUCUGCAGUAUCUGCUCCAUACAUGUGUACCAACAGACUAACUCAUUAGGUUGCUUACUAACUGCAUGCUGUAAGCUGAUUAAUAUGCAGCCUUCAUUUACUUGCUAAGUUGAUCUCUUCGGAGUGGCCAUGGAUAUCUGCCAUUGACAGUAAUGAAUCGAAGAGAAUUCAGAGAGGAGCACAUCUUGCAUGGGGGCUCAAUGCAAUUAAUAAAAUGUCAUCCACCAACAGGACAGCUGGAGAACCUCACCAUCCAGGGAGAAUUCCAUUUGGACUUUGUUGAGGACAUCUUCAUUUACUGCAAAUCGUCUUUCUAUUAUACCUUAUUUGAUACUGAUAAUCAGAGGAUUGUUGAACAAAGUUCUCUGUGGCUGCAUCCACCAAAGAAUCUUAUAUAAUUUUUUAUCUGUAUGGGAAUCAUGUAGAAGACUAACAAGUCAAAUGCCUUACUGAUGAUUAAUAAACCAUAAGCAUAGCAAGAAUUUAUAUUCCACAUAUUGAGUUAACAAUGGCAGUGUGGUAUAAUGGAUCGAGAGAUAGCCUUGGAGUCCAAAAGAACUGGGUUCAAGUUCUGCCAUUGACAUAUAUUGACUAUGUGAUCCUCAGUAAGUUAUUUAACCUCUCAGUGACCCAGGCAACUCUCUAAGACUUGAAGAGGUAACUAUCUACAUUCAAAAAGAAAGUUCCUGGAACUCCCAAUGCUAAUAGACUCACAGUCCUAGUCCAAGUUCUAUGUGAUGGUAAAGACAAUCUAUGCUGUAGAGAAUCACUUGGAAAAGAUUGCCUGUUCCAUUCUGAAAUCUUCUUGAUAUUUUCAUGAAAAAAAUAAACAUCUUAGUUAAAAGUUA